GUGAUUUCAUACAACAUGUCUUUUGAAACCCUCUCGAUACGAUAUAGUAUUGAGGUUGUUGAACACAACAAUAUGGUAGGUUGAUUCGUAUCGAAGAGUUUCACAAAUGCGCGAUAUUGCUUCCAAUGCAACCUAGCACUUGUUGUGUUAUCCUCCAAUAGGAUGACUGUCUUAAGCUAGGUAUAGGAUCUUCCUGCUGAGCAGUAUUUAAAAAUGCGCGCCCCUUUGUUUUAAUUUGCAUUUACGAUUUCUCAGAUCACAAGAUGGUGUCCAACAAGUAUGGACGUGAAUGCGUUGAAGAGAACAAAGAUCUGCUCCAGCCACAACUUCCACUUCUCACUCGCGCAUGGUAUUUCAUCCAGCUUUGGGGAUUGAAGAUAGCUAUUGUGAUUACCUUCAAAAUCCUGCGCUUUCUACGACCAACACCUCCUGAAUCUCGUCCUACCAAGCUCUUGGCAUACCCUUGUCGACCAAAUCUGCGAACCCGAAUAUUUCUCCCAACGGCCAAGCAAGCUGACGAUGAACCACUCCCACUAUAUCUCGAUCUCCACGGCGGAGGGCAUGCUUUGAUGUCUGCCGAAUUCGAUGAUGAGAUCUGUGCUAAAAUUGCGAAUCGCUUCAAUGUCAUUGUUGUUAGCAUUGAAUAUAGCCAGGCCCCUUCAAAUAGAUUCCCGGCAUUGACAAACGAUAUUGUUGCCAUUGCGCAAGCCACAAUCGACAAUUCUGAUCUGAAUAUUGACAAGAAGCGUGUGGUAUUAGGAGGAUUUAGUGCAGGAGGAAACUUGGCUUUGUCCGCUGCUCAAGUACCUGAAUUGCGGGAAAAAUUGAACGGGGUAAUGGCUUGGUAUCCAGUGAUGGAUUUCACGCUCACACCGGACGAGAAGAAAGCCUCGCGCCCAUAUCGGAAUGCAAAGGACUUGGAUGAUCUGCCAGAUUUUGGACCAGUAUUCGAAUGGGGCCAUAUUCCUGUUGGUCAGAAUCUUCGAGAUCCAUUAUUGAGCACUAGAUUUGUGAGCAGGAAUGAUAUACCCAAAUGGAUAUAUAUAAUAGGGGCAGAGUACGAUAUGCUAGCCAAAGAAGCUAGAGAUACAGCUUUUAACCUUGCUGAUUUGAAUGAACAAGAACGCGAAGAAGGAAUGUAUGGUUUUGAAAAGGACGGUUAUAAAUGGACGCUAGUGAGGGAUGUUCGCCAUGCCUUCACUCAUGAUUUGAUGGAUAACAAGGGACCCGAUGCAGAGGCUAUGCGGAAGCUCAGGACGGAAGAAAUAUUAGAGCAGGUGGGUGACUGGCUAUUUAAGGGUCCGUUCUCCAAAUAUUGAGGCAUACACUGGGUUGCUACUGUGUAUUCUAUCAUCGCAUUACUCUUUGAGCUUGAGGGAAUGCUUGGAGGAGAAAGGUCGGGUAGAAAUUAUACUAUGUUAUCAGACUACUGUAGCUCUUCAUGCUACAUCCCUAAUCAUAAAACGGCACUGCGGUGCCAAUUUGGGAUUAUUAGCAUUCCGUGAUAUGAUUCAUAUCUUUACCCCCUAUAAAGUCUAUUCGAACAUCGUCAGACUCUCAUCCUCUGUAUUCCGGUCCGUAUCCCAAUUUCUGCGUUCAUAUAUUGAAAUUCACAGUUUCA